AUGGGCGAGGAUAUUGAGGCUGUUGAUGCACGUUUCAAGAUUAUAUCUGAGAAUCUGCGUCUGGCUAUGUGCGCCGCUCCCGAACUUGACAUGGCAUUUGAACCAGAGCGUGCAGACAGGAGCAACUCAGUCACCAUGAUCCCAACCGUCCUAGCUGAAUCUCCUGAAAGCCCUCAACGACGUCCACAGGAAGUAUUCGAUUUCACUCCAUAUCACCUUAAUGUGCUUCGAAGCGAUCUCGCGGAGCUUCGAGCUUCGCUCGCAGCCAGCGGUUCAAUUGCGCGUUUUUCCGAUGAAAUCGAAAUGUUGAAGCAACUGGUCAAGAAAUUGCAGGAAGAUUGUCUUCGCGCCCAAGAGGAUCGGGUAUCCGCUUUGUUGGAGUGUGCGAAACUGCAGAAGGAGCGUAACGACGUAUCCCGUGAUGCGAUUGAGAAGAUAGAGGCACUCCGAAAAGAGAAUAGAAGGUUGAAAUUGGAUCUUGCCAAUUUAAAACACAAGCAAGAUAAAGAGGUGGAAAAGGGCAACAAAAACCGGGUUGGCAAGGAGGGUAGGCCCAAGGAACGCGUACGUUUCGCAGAUACCUGUCCGGAGGAACCAAAAGCACAACAACCUUCGUUGGACAUGGAGGAAACUCGUGAUCCCAGACUUGCACGCCCAUUGGCAAGGCCGCCGCUAAACCGCUGUCCCCCAAGUUGGGAUCUAGAUAACGGCCCACAGGAGCCGUCACCAGCACGAUACUCGUCGCCCCAAAUAUGA